UAUACUAGAACUCGAUCCACUUAAUUCAGUGUCUUUAAAUACAUAAAUUGUAAAAAAAUAUCACCAAGACCUAUUGCCCAGAUCCGCGCACGGUCAUCUUAGCAGUCUUUUGCGAGGCCGGGCACACUGCACGUCUGCUACCGACGCAAAGCGAGAGAAAGAAACAACCAAAAAGUUUGCGGAACAGUGCAGCCAGCCAGGAACUAAUUGCUCCACUAUGUCCCGUGGACAUAGGUGAUCGCAGGAGUCGAAAAAUGCAAUGCUGCUACCUUUGACGGCGACAUCGACGACAGGAAACGAGCGAAGAGUUUCUUUUUGAGAGUGUGUGUGUGCGGGAAAACGUGUGUCCAGGAAAAACGCGCCAACGAACACGCAGCGCAGCGCAGCCCUAGUGCCUCCAACCACCACCCUACGCCGCGAUCACGCGCCCCCCUCCACUCCAUAGGAAUGAUAAUGGUGCGCAGACGCGCUCGUCCCGCCAAGGAGACUCCCAAUGGCGGCUCCGGCGGCGGAGGAGCAGCAGUGCCGGGCGCUAUUCCCCUCAAUGCGGCCACCGCAGUGGCCGGAAAUUUGCUAGAAGAUCAGUAUUUUGCCAGUCCAAAACGGAAAGACUGCCGCCUGAUGAAGGCCAGUGAAAAUCUCGGUCUGCCGGAAGACAACAAAGGCCAGCAGCAUCACCACAAAGAGAACAGCAAAGCAGACAACAGCAAAACCAUAGGGGUGCCGCUGGCCACUCGCUCCCAGACGCGCACCAUUGAGAACUUUUUCAAAGCCAAUGCUGCCACCAAGAACUCGAUAAAGAAGGCAUCUCCUCCGCCUUUGAGCGAGGACCAAAAGACAAUACCUCUGACAGGAUUCCAGGAAGAACAUCGGCUGGCGGAGGCGGACGAGGAGCUGAAAUUGGCGGACGAGGAGCUGCAGCAGGUUGUGGAAGAACUGCUCUUCGACGGGGGAUCCUCUAACUCGUCCAACUCGCCCUGCUACCAGCACGAUGACACUGAUCAAAUGCCAGAAAUCAAAGACAUCCCUCAGAUCCACGAGAUUCAGGAGGUCCUGGGCGCCAUUGGCGAUUUUCAGACUCAUCGCUCUGCACUGCGUGACAGCCAUAGCUCCACGCACAGCAACAGCACGGACAACAUAUUUCUGCAGGAGCCGGUUCUGACUCUGGAUAUCGAUCGCACGCCCACCAAAGCCUCUAGCAUUAAGAUAAACCGGAGCUUCGAGUUGGCAGGAGCUGCUGUGUUCUCCUCCCCGCCGUCAGUUCUAAACUCGUGCGUUCUUAACGGACGCUUCAAUCAGGUCGUGAGCCUGAAUGGACAAAGGGAGCCCCUGUUGCCUGAGCUAGAUCAGCACGACAGUAGUUCGUGCGACAGCGGGGUGGCCUGCAGUCUCACAGCAGCCGCCGAAUCCCCUGCGGCAGGUGGGGUUCGCCGCAGAAAGCCAGCUACCCCUCACCGCAUACUUUGUCCCUCGCCAAUAAAAACGGGACUGAAGAUCACAGGAGGUUUGAGCAAGGGUGGGACUACCGAUAAUUUGCUCUCCCCCCGGAAAUCACCUCGCAAACUGCCCGUCACUACGGCGGCAGUCGCCGCCUGCAAGUCGCGCCGAAGACUGAACCAGCCAAAACCGCAAGCGCCUUACCAGCCAAAACCACAGCUGUCGCAGACACCACCGUCGCUCGAGCUGCAGAAGCAGCCGGACAUGGGAGAUGAUAUUGUGGUCGUCCUAGACGACGACGAAGAGGACGAAGACGACGUACAUGCCUUGUUAAAAGCCGCCGAGGAGCGGGAGAACCAGAACAAAGUACCAGACACAGCCAAACCAGGCGCCAAAGCCAUGCUCAAACCGGCGGUCCCUGUGAAGCCAAAAGCCAAGAGUAAGGGUCUGUCGAAGAACCAACACCCACUGCCUUUAGCCGCUACCAAUGGCAACCGUGAGUUGACCGACUUCUUCCCGGUGCGCCGAUCCGUACGUAAAACCAAAACUGUCGUCAAGGAGGAGUGGAUGCGCGGUCUAGAACAGGCAGUGCUCGAAGAGCGCUGCGAAGGCCUCCAGGUGCGGCACUUCAUGGGAAAGGGGCGGGGUGUUGUUGCCGAUCGCCCCUUCAAGCGGAACGAGUUCGUGGUGGAGUAUGUGGGUGAUCUCAUAUCCAUCGCAGAGGCCUCGGAGCGGGAGAAGCGCUAUGCGCUGGACGAGAACGCUGGCUGCUACAUGUACUACUUCAAGCACAAGAACCAGCAGUACUGCAUAGAUGCCACCGUGGACACUGGAAAACUGGGACGCCUUAUCAACCACUCGCGUGCCGGCAACCUUAUGACCAAAGUGGUGGUGAUCAAGCAACGGCCGCACUUGGUGCUCCUGGCAAAGGACGACAUCGAACCCGGCGAGGAGUUGACUUACGACUACGGAGAUCGCUCCAAGGAGUCGCUGCUGCAUCAUCCUUGGCUCGCCUUCUGAGGAAGACAUCAGACUGGCUGGGAUGAGGUGCAGUCUUGAGAUGAGGACAUUGCAUGCGAAGGAGGAUCGAGAGUCUAUGGGAUCUUCGAGGGCUGAACUGGUUUUCACUCUGUAGUUUCCUAGUGUUGAUCCUUCGUCCAUAACCAAUGCAAUAGUCUUCGGCCAUCUCCGAUCGUUCUGAACAAUCUUGGAGGAUGAAUUCAUUUCAGUUUAUAAAAGAAUAGAAGUUCUGCAAUAAUCUUCAACCCAAUGUUCUUCCCCAAAGUUGUUCGGUAUAAUUCAACGAAGAGUGGCCAUCUCGAGACCUGACUCCUGUCGUCCCCGGUUCGUCUUUGAGAAAAAGUAUGAAAACUGUUAGUUCAAAAUAUCAUAACGGAUAGCGACAACCCCCACAAACCCGCACAACACCAGGGCGAAAUUCAGAAGCGGAAAGUCUCGAGAGCGAAAGCAAUUAGCCAAACUUAAAUCAUUUGAAAAAGACCAUCAAAAAUCAUCAAACCUUCGACCUUAAUUUUUUAUGCAUGUUAUAAGUUGCGUUUAAACAUAAGCAUCCGAGACUUUCCGGACAGAUCGUCCUGCCACUCAUCCCUGACACAUGAUCAUAAUUUUGGAUUUGUUAGCGUUUCAUUAUUUUAGAGCAAGGCUAAACUUAAGGAAGAUAAUAAUUAUAACUAAACAACGCGCCUACGCAUAAGAACGAAAUAUAAGAAAACUGUUGACCACUUAGAAAGAAGAUAUGGAUGUUGAUGAAGACACACAUUUCACAUUGCAUUCACAUUGACAAGAUCGAUCGAGCCCUAUUUAUAAAGAUAUUUAUAUUAGA